UCCUGCCCUCCCAAACGUGGACAAACCAGUCUCUCCAGCCACAGACACCACAUGAGAGAGCUGUGGUCGCCCUCGUGUCUACCUGCCAUCCUUUCCCUGCUCCAGGCAGGGAGCUCUGUCUCCUGCAUCCAACCAAGGCACCUCGUGACCAGGGUCAGCCACUCCACCUGCUCUCGCCUUGGUUCUCCUCCACUUCAAAUGGCAAUAACCCAUCUCCAGGGUGCUCUGAAGCCAAGUUCAUUAGUGCCUGGCUUUGUUAAUUGCUUUGAGCAGGGCCGGACAGACAGAGACUCAUUAGGGGAAUUGCCCUGUUACCUGCUCAGCAGUGGGGAGGGAGGAGGUGAACUUGCCUGUGAGACUGAAAGCCAGUGCUGGGCUCAGUGAGGCCACAGGGGUCCUGAGCUGGAGGAGAAAUCCUCAACCCCUUCAUAUACAUGGGGAAUUAAUGGGGAUGGUCUUAAUUUCAUCUGUUUGGUUGGGGCUAAAACAAAGAGGCCCAAAGAAAGUGCUGGAUCUGAAUGGGUGUGCAAAGAUAGGGCUCAAUUCGGGCUCUUGAUGCCAAGUAGAGCCUGUGGCAUCUUCUCAAACUGCACCGUGGCUGAGGGGCUAAAUCAGUUCUCAGUCCUACCUGUGCCAGACAAGAAGUGUGGGGAUGGCCAAAUCCUCAGGUGGUGCAUGGGGAGUUAGCAGCAGCAAAGGCUGAAGGAGAUGGGAGACCACACAUCUGGAGCUGGCAUGGAAGAAGGUCUCUCUUCACCUAUCCACCAGCUUUCUGGACUUAAAUCUUGUGUUUUAUGGACUAGCCAUGUGAAAGGAUGGUGCUUCCAGCCACAUUCCCUGCUGCAGUGGGGCAGUGGAGGUUAUCACACCUGGUCUGAGGUUUGGCCAGUAACUCCUGACCUGCCAGAAUCCUGGUUUUACCUGUUUUCCUCUUGGCUGAUACCAGUCCAAGCUUCUGCCCAAAUCAAACCUGGGUUUUCCAGAUACUCACGCUCCCUAUUUUAGUUACAUGUGUGGAAGAGAAGACCCAGCUAUCUGCCAAAGCCAUCAGCCUGCAAGAACCACAGGAACUCAUGUGCUCUCCCUGCUGAUCUUGCUGGUUUUGUCAAGAAAAGCAGUCCUGGCUGCAGAGGACGUCUGGUGCUCACAGGAGGGACAAAGCAGAUCCAAAACUGUAGCAUCGUGGCCGCCCAGAGAACGCUGGAUCCAGUCUGGUCACCCAAACACCGCCUGCCUGCAGCUUCUGAGCAGGGCUCAGACAAAAGAAAACCCAUCCAAACUGUGGGUUUAUGUUUGUUUUCCACGCUCCACCAUUGAAAUUCCAUGUGAAAGAUUUACAAGUCCCUGGAGGGGAGCAGGGACUGCAGCCGAGAGCCCGGUGUUUUGCCAUCUCUGCUGUGCGCUGGAGUGAGCCGGGGCAGCUCCGGAGGACGCUGGACAGGUUUUCGAAUAAUCCCAGGAAAAGAGUUAACCAGAGCCUCUGCCUUAGUCUACAUCCACUGCAAAGCACAUGGGGCCAAAGUCUGUCUUUCCUGACACCCCUGGAAAUUGCUUGGAUUGGAAGCUUGGAAAACUACUACCACUUUCACCACAGCAAGACGUUUAAACGCUCCACACUGAGCAGCCGGGGACCGCACAACUUCCUCCGCAUGGACCCCAAGGUGGACUGGCUGCAGCAGCAGGAGGUGAAGAGGAGGGUGAAGAGGCAGGCCCGAGGGGAGCCACACGCCCUGCCCUUCAAUGACCCGGUGUGGCCCAACAUGUGGUACCUGCACUGCGGUGAUAAAAACAGCCGGUGCAGGUCGGAGAUGAACAUCCUGGCAGCCUGGCAGAGGGGCUACACGGGCAAGAACGUGGUGGUCACCAUCCUGGAUGACGGCAUAGAGAGGAACCACCCCGACCUCCUGCAGAACUACGACCCUCUUGCAAGCUAUGAUGUUAAUGGGAAUGACCACGACCCCACUCCACGCUACGAUGCCAGCAAUGAGAACAAGCAUUCGUAUGUUAGAUGGAGAUGUAACAGAUGUUGUUGAAGCGAAGUCGCUUGGCAUCAGACCCGAUUACAUUGACAUUUACAGCGCGAGCUGGGGGCCAGAUGAUGAUGGGAAGACAGUUGAUGGACCUGGUCUAUUGGCCAAACAGGCUUUUGAGCAAGGCAUUAAAAAGGGUCGCCGGGGACUGGGAUCCAUUUUCGUCUGGGCGUCGGGGAACGGCGGCAGAGAGGGCGACUACUGCUCCUGUGAUGGCUACACCAACAGCAUCUACACCAUCUCCAUCAGCAGCACCACUGAGAAUGGCUACAAGCCCUGGUACCUGGAGGAAUGUGCCUCCACCCUCGCCACCACCUACAGCAGCGGCGCGUUUUAUGAGCGGAAAAUUGUGACCACGGAUCUCCGGCACCGCUGCACCGACGGCCACACCGGCACCUCCGUGUCCGCCCCCAUGGUCGCUGGCAUCAUCGCCUUGGCCUUGGAGGCAAACCCCCUGCUCACCUGGAGGGAUGUCCAGCACCUGCUGGUCAAAACCUCACGGCCGGGGCACCUGCGAGCGCCCGACUGGAAAACCAACGGAGCAGGGCAUAAAGUUAGCCAUCUAUAUGGCUUUGGGCUGGUGGAUGCUGACGCUAUUGUGGUGGAAGCUAAGAAGUGGAGGAUGGUCCCUCCCCAGCACGUCUGCGUGGGAAGCCUGGACAGGGUGCCCAAGUACAUCCGAGCUGAGCACGUGCUGCGGGCCAGCACCCUGAGCAGCGCCUGCGCCGAGCAGCGUGACCGGCAUGUGCUGUACCUGGAGCACGUCGUGGUGCGGCUCAGCAUCGCCCACCCGCGCCGCGGGGACCUCCAGAUCAGCCUCAUCUCCCCGGCCGGGACACGGUCACAGCUCCUGGCCAGGAGGGUGUUUGACCACUCCAAUGAAGGCUUCAAGGGCUGGGAGUUCAUGACCGUGCACUGCUGGGGGGAGCGGGCGGCGGGGGAGUGGACCCUGGAGAUCCACGACACGCCAUCCCAAGUGCGCAACCCCGCCGUGCAAGGGAAGCUGAAGGAGUGGAGCCUCAUCUUCUACGGGACAGGCGAGCACCCCUACACUGCCCUGAGUGGGCCGCAGGCCCGGGGCAGGUCCCUGGAGGUGCCAACGUCGGAGAUGGAGCCGUCCAGAGCCGCCUUCCUGCAGAGCCAGGUGGAGGUGGUAGAGGAGGAGGAGGAGUACGCGGGUCCGUGCCACCCUGAGUGUGGUGACCAGGGCUGUGAUGGCCCCAAUGCUGACCAGUGCUUGAACUGCAUCCACUACAGCCUGGGCAGUGUGAAAACUGGCAGGAUGUGUGUGAGCUCGUGCCCCGCUGGGUUCUUCGGGGACAACGGUGCCCGGAGGUGCCGGCGGUGCCACAAGGGCUGCGAGCGCUGCGUCGGGAGGGGACCCAGCCAGUGCACGGCCUGCAAGAGGAACCUCUACCACCACCCCGAGAUGGGCACCUGCGUGCUGCUCUGUCCUCCCGGCUUCUACGCCGAGGAACGUCAGAAACGCUGUCUGAAAUGUCAUCAAAGCUGUAAAAAAUGUGCCGGCGAAGCAGACAAAUGUACUGCAUGCAAAGAGGGAUUCAGCCUGGCAGGGGAGAGCUGUGUGCCAGAGUGCCAGCCUGCCAUGUACCUCAGCCGGGAGCCCUGGCGGUGUGAGACCUGCCCUGCCAGCACAGGGCCAGGUGAGGAGGACUGCACCCCUUGCACCCCCGAGGGCCCUGCACCCCACUGGCGCUGUGUCCCUGCCUGCCGUGAGGGUUUCUACCCCGCCGACAGCCACGGGCUGCCCAACAAAGUCUGCAAGAGGUGUGAUGACCACUGCUCAGCCUGCGAGGGCUCCAGUGGAAACUGCCUCAGGUGUAAGGAAGGUUACAGCCUCCUCGGUGGCUCCUGUGUGACAAAUGAAACCUGUACCAAUGCUGACAAGACUUUCUGUGAGAUGGUGAAAUCAAACAAGCUCUGUGAAAAGAAGCUGUUUGUGCAGUUCUGCUGUCAGACGUGUCUUAUGGCCGGGUAAAGUUCAGCGGCUGCAUCCAUCCAGGACUUCCACUGACUGCCAGCCCAGUUUUGCCAAAUGUUUAGGACAAAAGUUUAUUUUUUCAGCUUUGGGAGAGUUUACAUGGUGCUGUCAAGCAUUUGCUCGUAAGUUUGAUAGCUUUAAUAUCACUGUCGGCGCGUUUCUAUAGCAAUAUGUUAAGCAGAGAUUGGAGCGUACCCUGAGUGAUCAAGGCCUGGAAGCAGCAGACAAGUGGUGAUAUUAACACUCUCAAACACUCCUGGUGAGCAGGGACCAAUGCAUGAUCCAUGUACACACACUUGGUUCUUCGCAGGAACCCUACUGAUCCGCCCGCCCCGAGCGGCCACCCUGCAGUGCCAGCGCCGUGCUCUGUACAUAGGUAAACGAUGAACCAGGUGGCUCUGGAGCAGGGCCACGGCCCACUCCGCCUCUCCUGUUCGGAUUCCGUCGCUCACCGCUUCCCUCUGGCCGUGGCAAUGACUGGAGGUUUGAGGACCAAAGCCAGAGCUGCCCCUCGUGGCUCUGCAGGUGUGCCAGCCCAGCAGGGCUCUGCCCUGCGGGUGACUGCAGCCAGGCAAACCCCGUGUGUGUGCCUACAAGGAGUCGUAGGGUUUUGGGGGGGUUGUCCACACGGACCAGCCUUACCACAAAAUGUAUUUCCCUCCUGGAACUGCUUGUACAUUGCUGAUCAAGUCAGUUCUGGAACAAGGUAAAUCCUUCCUCUAAAUGAGAUGUUGUCCCAGUUAAUCUUUCUUGGCAUUUUGCAUUACGAUCCUCCCCCUGUUUCGCUGGGUACACCCCUCUCUCUCAGACAAAAUCCUCCUGUUCCAAUGGCAGUGAUUUUUCUUGGGCAUCUAUUUCCCAAAUGAUACAUUCCAGGGAUCCAGCCAGGAAACUUAAUUCUGCAAAACCCUUCCCCAAAACAAAUCUUUUCAUGCUCUCUCUUAAUAGUAAGUCGUGGUGUUUAUAUAAUUGUGUUUAAAAUAUCCUUGGCUAUGUUGUUUUACAGAUUUUUAAAAAAUAACUUAUACAAUCCUUUGUUUUUUUUCUCUGUGGACUGUUUUUUAUAUGGGAGUGGGGUAUCUUUUUGUGUCUUAUUCCUUCUCAUUUUCUCCUCUCUGACCCUGCAAAGCCACUCUUUGCACCAGACAUAUGUAAACACUCUUUCCUACGCUGCAUGUUCUGAUUUUCAUUGUUAAUAGUUUUAAUGAGUUAAACCUUUCUCCAGUGAACUUCCCAGUAUGAAUUGUCACCAGUUCCACAGGGAGCUGGGAUAAUUCCUGCUUGGUUUCGGCUGCAACGACACCUGCCCUGCCUGGGCUUGCCCACGAGAGCUCACCUCAGCCAGGUGAGAAGGGGAAAGCCACACUGUCUCCAGCCCUCACCUGCCUGGACCAAAUCCAAGGAAAGAUGGAGCUUUGGUGAACUGAUCUUUAAGUUAAUAAACUAUUGAUCUUCCCUGACAAAUGAAUCUGUGCUUUUUCCAAAUU